UGGUUGAAAUUUGAAAAACUUGUAGAUUACACGAAUGUGAUUGUAUCACUUGUGUAAGUGUAUAGUGUUUUCCAUGACGUGUUUAACAAUAUAUUCGAGAAGUUUUCGUUAUUUAAGAUUAAAUAACAGUUUUAAAGCUUAUGAUUUUUACGUGAAGAAUAAAUUUAAUGAUCCUUUGAAAGAUUUUCGUAUAUUUCCUUCACAGAUAAGAAUAUUAUCAUCGAAACAGGAUAUACAAGAUAAAUCAAAAGAAGUUGUUCAUUUAAGUCAGAAGGAGAAACUUAAAAGAGCUGUUAAAGAAUAUGGAUCUGUAGUAAUUGUUUUCCAUGUUGGAAUCUCUCUCCUCUCACUUGGAGGAUUUUAUUUGUUAGUAGCUAAUGGAUUGGAUGUUGUUUCAUUGUUAAAAGCUACAAGAUUUGCAGAAAAUUUAGCCGAGAGCAAAGUCGUAAUGGAAGGUAGCACUUUUGUUAUUGCUUAUGCCAUUCAUAAAUUAUUUGCUCCUGUAAGAAUUGCCAUAACCCUUUCUUCUUCUCCUCUGAUUGUGCAUUACUUAAGGAGAAAAAAUAUCUUUCAAUCACCAAAGACAAAAUAAUUUUCAUAAUUAAAGUGUGUGUGUGAUUUUUUUGUUUUUUGAGGAAUCUUCAUUUAAAAUUGAAAAUUAUUUAAUUGUUCAAUCUAUUAAAUGGGAUUAAUAAAUUCUAAUUUCUAACUUUAUACAUAAUACAUAGUAGAAUCCAAUUAUUAUAAUCAGUUUUCUAUUAUCAAAAUUAGUAUACCUUGAAACAGAUUUAUAGAACUUAACAAUAACUGAAACUUUAAUUACAAUAAGUGAUCAUCUUCAAGUUACUAGACAUUUUAAGCUACAUUAUCAGCAAUUUGUUGAGACUGAUAGCAAGAAAAAACAUCAUUUAAAGCACUGAAUAAGGCUGAUAAUCAUUUUUAAUUAUUGCUCACAAAGUAAUUUAAAAUGCUAGCAUUUCCUUCUUCAAUUAUAAAAUAUUCUUUUAAUGUCAGUCAAUAAAAUCUGAAUUUCCAUUCACUAGUCUUUAUUUACUCCACUGAACCAACUGAUAAAAUUAUCAUCAAUACAGAUAAGUUCCAAAGUGAUUACAAUAAAUGGAUUCUGUUAAAUAUAAUUGUGAAAAAUGCCUUUUUUUAAAAAUUAAAAAUCAAACCAUAUCUUAAAUUAA